UCAAAUCAUUUGCAAAUCUCACGUCAAAAGGCUAUAAUUUCUUGGGAGUUGAAUACCUAAUUUGUGCGUCUGACAAAAGUUAAUGAAAACGAAGAAAACACAAAUUUUCAUCGGGAGAAUUACCGGUUAUCGGUUGGUGUUUUUUUUUUUGUUCUGAACACGCGGUUUUUUUUUUCGAGUGGUGAUAAGGGAGAGGAAGAGCGUGUUUGGUGCCGAUCGAAGUACGUCGGGAUGAGCUGCAAGUGAGCAAGCAGCUAGUGCAGUAAGAAAGAGCUCUGAAGCUACUCGAAAAGUAGUAGCCUACUACUCAGCCUACGGACUAGGUGCAGUGAGUCGUGAGUGUGUUCAACGAGAGUGCUCUAGCUUCCUCUAUCUUCAACAAACAAACCAUCGUCGUCAUCGAAUCGAUUGGAGCUGAACUGACUGUCUGCUGCUGGUAGCUAGUACUGAUCCGAGGGGAACCGGUUCAUUCGAUUCUCGUACUCGGUGCUGUAAAGACGUGUGCUCGUUUCUAGAUUCGCGUACUCUCACAAGUGAUUGACCUGUAGGUUUGAAGUGCCCGGACUGCUAAGUGUGUCCCGGUGUUGAUAAGACGUGUGUUUCCUGUGAGUUUUUGAAGUGUGUUAAACCCGAUAAGAAGAUGUCUUCCAAGGUAGCGGCAAUUCAGGACAAUGGAAGCCCUGCUCAGCCUACCGAUCAGCAGACCAGCCUGUUGCCCCAUCUGGAGUCGCUGGACCGCAUGCUGAAGUUGCCAGUGGUGGAUGCGACCUGGCAGCAAACUCAGAACGUCUACGGAAAAGUUAAAGAUUACAAUCCGCUGCUGACAUGGGCCCUCGGAACAGCCGAAGACGUGGUGCACCGGGCCGUGACCAUUUCCGCCCCCUUGGUUCACAAGCUGGACCGGCCGCUGCAGCUGGUCGAUCAAACCCUGGUCAAGGGAAUCGACAAGCUGGAAGUGAACGCCCCGAUCAUCAAGGAACAGCCGCAGGAAAUCUACCAGCAGGCCAAGACCAGGGUUCUGGAGACGGUUAAGCCCUACACCAACAAGGUUUGCGAGUUGCGAUCCAGCUCACAGCAGAAGGCCGCCUCCCUCAAGGAUCUUUCCUGGAAGAAAGCUAACGAAGUGCUGGCCACCCAGUAUGGCAGCAUCGCGGUCAACGGCGUGGACACGACGGCCCAGCUGGCCGAACGGCUGCUGGACUACUAUUUCCCCAAGAGUGAGAAGGACGUCGAGGACGAUAAUGCUCCCAUCUCGGCCAAGGACGAUCCGGUGUUGCAUACGGUCCAAACCGUCGGUCGUCUCUCGAACAAGGUUGCCCGCCGUGUCUACCGAACCGUCUCUACCCAGGUCAAAUCCCUGCGGAAGGAGGACGUUCGGGACUACAUCGCCACGUUGAUUGCCGUCCUGCGCCUGACCCAGUACCUCAACUUCAUCAACGAGAAGCGGCAACCGGUGGAAGCUGCCCCGGAAAGCACAACCUCCGGCGAUAGCAGCAGCACCCAGCAGCAGUCCUCCUCCCAGUCCAGCACCUCGGAUGUCGUGGCCACCACCAAGAGCAGCAAGACGCUGAAGGACGAGGACAAGAAGCAGUGAAAAAAUUAGCCAAAACCAAUCCAUAGAAGAACUGAUGAUUAAGCCGAAAAUUAAUCCAAAUUAUAAGAAGAAAAAAAAACAAUAAAAUACCCCCGUUAAGGUAGUUAAGGUUAGGACCGAUCGCGAUCGAUAGGCUAGCGCGGAAGCUAGACUUCCUUUCUUUUUUCCCCAAUUCCAACCCGAUCAGGAAAUGAGUCCGGCGAAAAACGCCCGGAGUUAGUCUCCGUCUCGUUUUGCAUAUUUUUUGUGUGAGAAUCAACAGCGUGUGUGAAUUGAAUCCAUGAUGUGUAAGUGAGUGUGAGUGAGCAAGUGUAGCAGAAAAAAAAAUCCAACAGGUGCAAGUAAUCUAGUCCUGGUUUAGUAAUAACUAGUUUUUCUCCCGGGAACCAGUUGCACCAGCCAAUCAAGCUAUAAUAUCCUCUCCUUUAAUUCGUACGUCGUUAUUAUAUAUAUUUUUUAGAUGAGAGCUCUAUUAUUGUUUAAUCGUAACUUUACAUAUUUGAUAUAUUUUUGUGUAAAAGUAAAUGAAUAAACUGAAAACAGAUGAAUGUAUACAAAUGCGA